UCCAGACAUUACAGCACAGACAGCCUCUGUGCUCCAGGACCACACUCCAAGACCCUGUUCCAGAAUUCCUCAUGGUGAUGAACUUGCAUAGCAAAGCAGCCUUUUAAAAGUAAAAAACAGCAAAAUCCAGGAGUGAUAUUUCAUUUCUCACCUUGUCUUCUCAACUCAUCCCCUUCACCAACUUCUACAGCCCACAGACAUGGCAGUGUUUUUCUAGUCUGCUGCUACAUAGAAUUGGGAGAAAUCUUUUUUUUUGCCUUUUACUGUCCCCAAAGGCGCACUGAUACCGUGGCAUGAUCUACAAGGAUUCCAGUGGCAUUCUGUGGAUGUUUUCAAUGUGACACCUUUGGGAUUUUAAAACCAGGAUUCCCUGAAAGAAGUAGGCGCUCUAUGUAGAAAGAAAUUAUUGCCAGUAUGAUUGAGAUUUGACCUGAACUGAAAUUCGUGGAAUACAUCACUUUGGAACACCCUCCUAACCCAAGAUGGCUUCUGUCUCUGAAUUUGUCACUCACCCUAUUGGCAUGCUGCCACCAUCCCAGACGUCUGCUGUGGUUGAGGAUCAAUGCUACUACAAUGAAACCAUUGCCUUCUUCUACAACCGAAGUGGAAAAUAUCUGGCCACAGAAUGGAACACAGUCAGCAAACUGGUAAUGGGACUUGGAAUCACAGUGUGCAUAUUCAUUAUGUUAGCCAACCUAUUGGUUAUGGUGGCUAUCUAUGUCAACCGUCGCUUCCACUUUCCUAUUUAUUACUUAAUGGCCAACUUGGCCGCUGCAGACUUUUUUGCUGGACUAGCUUAUUUUUACUUAAUGUUCAACACAGGACCCAACACAAGACGUUUGACUGUGAGCACAUGGUUGCUCCGCCAGGGUCUAAUUGACACAAGCUUGACUGCGUCGGUUGCCAAUUUGCUGGCCAUUGCCAUUGAAAGGCAUAUUACAGUAUUUAGAAUGCAGCUACACACAAGAAUGAGCAACAGAAGAGUAGUGGUGGUGAUUGUGGUCAUCUGGACUAUGGCCAUUGUAAUGGGUGCAAUACCAAGCGUUGGAUGGAACUGCAUCUGUGACCUUGAACACUGCUCAAACAUGGCUCCACUCUAUAGUGACUCCUACUUGGUUUUCUGGGCUAUAUUCAACCUGGUUACAUUUGUGGUGAUGGUAGUUCUUUAUGCUCAUAUCUUUGUAUAUGUCCGGAAGAGGACUAUGAGAAUGUCUAGGCACAGUUCCGGUCCUAGGAGGAAUCGUGACACCAUGAUGAGUCUGCUGAAAACGGUUGUCAUUGUUCUCGGAGCCUUCAUAGUAUGUUGGACUCCGGGCUUGGUCCUCUUGCUCCUUGACGUAUGCUGUCCUCAGUGCAACAUCCUUGACUACGAGAAGUUUUUCUUGCUCCUUGCUGAAUUCAACUCUGCUAUGAACCCUAUAAUAUAUUCUUACCGAGACAAGGAAAUGAGUGCCACCUUUAAACAGAUCUUGUGCUGCCAGAGAACGGAAAAUGCAAAUGGCCCCACCGAAGGCUCUGACCGCUCUGCUUCUUCCCUCAAUCAUACCAUCUUGGCUGGUGUACACAGCAACGACCAUUCUGUUGUUUGAAAAAAGACAUGGCAGGACAAAAAUCAGAUUUGUUUGGGCAGGAGGCUGUGCCUCACAGCUGAAUGCUGCAUAUUUAGCAUAUAGGAGUCAUGAUAACAAAUAUUUUUGUUUUUCUUGAACACUAACAGGCAACUCCCACAAUGCUGAAAUCUGAGGCACUUAUGAAAUUACAGCCUCACAGCAAUGUAUGAUGCUAAGAAAUAGUGGCUUAUCUGAGCAUGGCCACCGUAUGGACUUUCCAAAUUCUAAACUGCCAUUUCAUGUAGAAACCUAGGUCUUUUUUGAUAUUUUUUUAUUUGUAAAGAUAUAUUCCGUUUUAUUAAAAAAAUAAAAUACAAUUUUAGUCCCAUCAGCAUGCCUGUGAUGGGCAUUGGUUUGAAGUGAUUUGGUAAACAUUGUAUAGCUGCACUGCCUUAAUGUAAGAAAAGAAAAAAAUAGAUAUUUUUCUAAUAUAAACAACAAAAGUUUUGUGUUAGUUUUGUUAAUAGUCUUUCUCCAUUAUAUGAAGUUUUAUUUUAGAUGAAUAUAUAUUUAAAUGUUUUUUUUUAACUUUUUUUCUUACAUGAGAGGCAUUUCUUUUAUUUGAAGGGAACACAAAAAGCUGACAAUAACCUGUAGACUAUGAAAUAAACCAGAUACAGGCCUAGUAGUAACUAAGGUUAACUUUGCGUAAUGAGAAAGCAAACAUAGCAUUUCUCCAUUAAAAUGCCACUAACUGGUAUCUGGUGUUAUUUAGUGGUUAAUAAAUUAAAUUAGUCACCCCUGCUCACUAAUAUGGGUAUCAUUUAAACUUUUUUUUUUUUUUUUCUGUGUGUGAUUGUUGAGUAGAUUGGAAACAGACUAAAAGGCAUGUGGAAAAUAAUUGCAUUAUAGAACAGAAAUGACCAUUGUAGGUUAUUUAGUGUUGCCAACAGAAUUUUAAGAAUAUGGGUCAUCAAAAGCAACACUUGCCAGUAACAGACUCCCAUGUGCCACAUCAGCUGAAAACAUAGGCUGUCUUUCUAUGCAUAAUCGGCAGGUCCAGUGGAAUCUUCUUAUAUGAUUCUCUUCCAAACCAAAAGAUAAUCCAUAAGAUGUAACACAAAUAACACAUCCAGUGUAGAUCAGCCAUCUUGUUUUUUUCUGGAUGGGUGGUGAAAGGUUACCACUUCAAUGGCAAACAGUAUUAUAUAGAGGCUGAACGUCUAGGGAAACAUUACUUUGUGGCCAGUGGUCUUUAUAAUGUUUAAGCUCAUCAAGAGCACAGGGAAUUAAUCGUUUUACUCUAUGGUAAUAUUAUUACUACACUAAUGCCAAAGGCUAACUUACCAUAGAGAAGAGUACUUUGAACGUAAGUUUUCAUAAAGCAGCUGCACAGGUUUUACAUCAGCUGCUGAAGUAUUAUUGUUUUAGGCUUCUUUGAGAAGUAAAACAAACUGUAGUUCUUUUUUGUCUAAGAAGCACAAAAAUGCAAAACAUUCAGGGGAUUGUAGUGUGAUAAGCUUUCUCUCCUAACAACUGUUUUGCACUAAAAUGUUGAAACAUCCAUAUUUUCCUGUAUUGACCUAUGAGUUUGUUUGUUGGAAAAGGCUAGGCCUCAGCAGCAACUGACCACAAUAAAAAAAAAAUUGACACUAGCAACAUUGCCUUCUUUAUUGCAAAUUGAAUCUUAUUCACAGUGGGAAUUCGAUGUUCAUAUUGUAUUAUAGGACAUCUUCUAUUUAAAACUUAAAGAAUUGGUGAGUCACCUAAUUUUUCCGUUGAAGAAGCAGAAGGCCAAUCUAAUGCUAUGUACACAAUUUGGGACCCUAUAAAAUAUUAUCAAUCACUGAACUAGUCUGCUUUUUAGAGAUGAAGCUUAAUGAAUUGAUGUCUUUUUGAAGGCAGGUGUAGGUAUCAAAUAUCUGCUGAGUGCAGAUAAUUCCCAGAGAAAUUAUUUCAAAUGCCGUUGGUUAUCAAUUAAACAUUGGCGAUGAGUAAAUAAGAAGUAAGCACCUUGUCCUAGUUUUGUCUCUAUAAACAAUUGUGUUUCCUGUUUUGUCUUUACUGCCAUAUAGUAGUUUAUAUAAUUAACUGGAAUAUGUGUCCUGUAAAUAUAUAAUUAAUCAAAACACUUAUGUUUGG